AUGAAAUCGUGUGGAGUGUCGCUCGCCGCUGCCGCCGCCGCCGCCGCUGCCUCUACUGCUUUCGGUGAUGAGGAAAAGAAAAUGGCGGCGGGGAAAGCGAGCGGCCAGAGCGAGGAGGACUUCGCCAGCCUGACAGCGGAGGAAAGAGAAGUCCUCUCUGGCCUCGACAGCCGACUCUUCGGAUUUUUAAGGCUUCAUGAAGAUGGCGCCAGAACGAAGGCCUUGCUGUUAAAGGCUGUUGGCUGCUAUGAAUCGUUAAUAUUAAAAGCAGAAGGAAAAGUUGAAUCAGAUUUCUUUUGCCAGUUAGGUCACUUCAACCUUUUAUUGGAGGGCGACCUGCUCUCCAACAACAAGCAAAAACAGAUGGGAUGGAAUAGGCACAUCCGGCGCAAUUACAAAUGCAGGAAGUCAGACUUAGAUCAGAGUUCUGUAAAACUCACCAAAGUAUGGAAAUGUGAGAGCCCAGGAAAAACAAACAAGUUUAUCGCAGAAGCUGAAGUUCCACUAAGAUAA